CUGAUAUCAAUCGUUGGUCUAACCUCAAACUUAAUUAUAAGUCAAUAAGAUGUUCUCUUUUUUAUUAUAUGUGACUAAAAUCGACUAAAAGUUUGCUGUUUCUCGUUUGGUUUUCUUUUCAUUUAAGGGCGCGAAUAGAUCAGCUGCAGCACGCAACCGGUCUUGGGUUGCAUGUCCUUUGUGUAGAAGAGAUAUUCAUCAUCUGCUGCCUCUAGUAGCAAUGCCAAAGUCGAAUGGAGACGGUAAACAGAAUCCAUUCCCUUCUGUAGAAUAUGCUGAACAUAAUAUUACCACCCUGUUAAACCUACUAAAUGUAUUACCGAAUACCGGUUCAACUAUCUGGAAUGAUUUAAAUGGUCCCGAUGAUGAAUUAAACCUUCAACGUCGAGUUCUUUUGUCCCCACUAAUUGGUGUUAAUUAUGAAGCUACAGUAUUGUUAAGAUCUCAAUUGGAAUGUGAAUUAAGCGUAUUAAUGAGUUUCCCGUCACAGUAUUCAAUGGUAUCACGUCGUUGCUACUGGCGUGAAUUUAUCUCAUAUCUUCGUCAGAUUUAUAAAUCGUCAUCUGAUAUUCAGAGUUUAAUACUGUGUCUUAUGGCUGAUGAUGUCACAAAGCCGGACAAUGUCGCGAUCCCAAUGUUUGCUUUAUUACAAGAUCCAGUGGAUAUUCUACUUGGAUUAUUACCUCAUAUUUGGCCACGUGAAGAUAUAUUCCACACAGUGUUAGCACUAACAUUUUGCUUAGCCUAUAUACGAGCACUUAUCAGUGUUUCAUUCAAUCGACCAACUAAAUCUACAUCUUUCAGUUUAUCUGAGCAAAUCAAUGCCACUCGACAUUUGUUGGGUAAAAUUUCCGGUGUUUUGUCAAAACAUUUGGAUAUUCUGCUUACAUGUCUAAGUGAAUUAAACAUUCAAUCAUCUUGCGUCGUAGCAGAGGAUACCUGUCAAUCAUCGGAGAGAUUAAAACGUGUCCUAGAUUUAGCACAUUCAACAUCAAAAUUACCAGAUGAAAAUUUUCUCAAUCAAAUACCUUCAACAUCAACAUCAUCAUGUGAAUCAUCUAAAAGUCUUCCUAUAGAAUAUGAUGAAAAUCAAAUCGAAUUGCAUAUAAUUCUACGCCUACUACCAUUUCUACGUAUUGCUAGCCUUUGUUGGGCACGUUGGCAUCCAGAACAUGUUGGUACUCUGAAACCAUUAGGAUUACCAUUUGUUGGACAGUUAGCGAAAUUAUCUAAUAAAAGUGUUGGUGGUGUGUCAAUAGAAAUGACUUGUAUUACAAAUGAACAACGAUUGGUUGAAUUCAGUGACCUCUGUCGUAUCUUAUCUUUGGACUGUGGAGAUAGUGUGGUAAUAAAUGUUGGACAGGUGGGCGAAUUAGCUGGUACUUUGUGUGGAUUGGCUGGAAGCGACAAAGGAAAUGCUAUACAGUAUCUUAUUAGACGAUGGAUAGGUCAAAUAAAAAAAGCAUCUGAAAUCUCCUCAUCUAAUUCAACAAAACCAUUAACGUCAUCAUCAUCAUCUCAAUCACCAUCAUCAGUACCAUCUGUUCUUGAUACACCUUCACGCAGUGGAAAGAGAAGUAAUAAUAAAACUGCUGUCAAUGAGUACAUGGAUAUUCCACCUCUCGACAGUCUAAAAUCACAUUUUAAAACGCAUAUAGUCGAUUAUCUACUGUCAUUGGUCGAAGUUGGUCGUCAAUUGUAUUCUCCACGUCUUAUACGUACACCAGCAUCGUUUGAUACACUUUUCAAUGCAUUACAUUUAGUCAAUUGUACAUCAAAUCAACAUCGUUUUCAAGAGAAUAUUCUCUGUUUGAUCUGUGGACGUUUAUUAUGCAGCCUGUGCAGUAAUUUAGCUACUGCUGUUGUUGAACACACUGUUCUAUGUGGUGGUUUCUCCGGUGUAGUACUUGAAGUAAACACAUCAAUUGUCUAUGUCUCGCUUGGACCUAAUAUCUGUGAUUGGGGUUCAGUGUAUUUGGAUGAAUAUGGUGAAGAAGAUUUAGAAUUAAAACGUGGUAAACCGCUGUUUUUAAAUGCUGAACGAUUUUCACUUCUGGAAAACCAGUGGAUAACUCAUUCAUUUCGUCAUGUGUUAAAAAAUUGGCGUGCUGUCUAA